AUGGCGAGCGACGGACCGCCGGUGCGGCGGUUGUUCAGGGACGUCGCGCGCGACGUCCUGGACGCCGCCGAGGAGAAGCGCCGGGCGCGAGGGGAGCACGGGUCGUUUUGGGACGUGGCCAAGGAGCUGCGAAAGCGAGCGACGCACGCGCGCGCGAGGGCGCGAGAGCGCGGCGCGAGGAGCGCGCGCGCGGUGAAAUCGCUGCCGGUGUUUUUCGAUAAGGAUGGACGCACGGGCGCGAGCGCGGUGUGGUGGAGGGACGCGUUCGCGGUGUCGGCGGCGCUCGACGGCGACGAAAGCAGAGCGGAGGAGGCGAGCGAGGCGAGCGACCUCGGACACGCCGCGCGAGCGACGUUGUUUUUCGCGCAGGACAUGAGUCGGGAGUUGUUGCUUGAUUUACACGUCGCGACGAGCUCGCUGAGCUUUUGGGAGGUGUUGAGAGAUCGACCGAGCGGGCAGGCGCGGUUUUUGCUGUUCAACACGGGGCCGAGUAAUUUCGUGGCGCUCGCGAGGGAAGGGACGUAUCGUUUAUGGUGUCACGCGCGCGCGGCGUUGAACGGGACGGACGCAAAGUUUGCGCUUCCGAGCGCGAGCGCGCGAGUGAUCAUCGAUGGGCGAGUGAACGCGUUGAAUGAGUUGCAGGUGAGCUUGGCCAGCGUCGUCGGCCGCGUGCAUCAUCACGCGGACACCGUCGCAAACGCGAGCGGGGAGAGUUCGUUGAGCGCGAGCAUGGGCGGUGAGUCGAGAGAGAUGACGCGGCAGGCGAUCAUCGAGGCCACGGAUGGCUUAUUAGAGUGUUUAGAACAAGUGAAAGAGUACGCGACGAAGUCGAGAGAAACCGUGGGAGACUUGGCAAAAGUGUCAAAUUCGUCGCGGCUCGCGGCGAGAGACUCGCCAAAGUUGUUAAAGUCUCUGCAUCGAUUGAGUCACGGUAAGCGGUUGCGAGAUAUGAUGCCCGAUUUGCCCGAGCCCACACCACGGUCGAGUACGCGAUCGAGUGGUGACUUUGAUCGCGAUCUGUCUCCGGGACCGACGCGUCCUUUGAGCCGCUUGCAGCGGUUGGCGAGCAUGGACUUGAGCAAGCAGCCCGAAGACGCCGCGGUCGCGCAUCGCUUCCGACAGCCUCUCGUCGUCAACGGUCGGCCACUUUCUCUGCCAAAGGUGAAUGAUACGAUUUGGCAGGCGUUGAAUCGCGUCGAGCAAGAGUGGUCGGAAGUUCGCGACUCAUCGCACGAUGCUUUGGAGGUUCACGCGAAGCCGUCGAAGCACGUCAGACGGUGGUUGCUGUACACGAUUGGCAGCGCGACGUUUGUGAUUUCGACGACGGUGAUGAUUCGUCACAGUCGCCUGUGUGGAAGCGAUGAUCUGGAUAACACGUUACACGCGGCGAAGGCUGCAUUCAUCACGUUCCUGAAGAUGCGCAUUCUCGAUCCCGUGAAAGAGUUGCGAGAUGAGCUCAAGGCGGCGUUUGUCUCAGAUCGCCCGGACGACGCGAUAGAGAGAUUGGAAGAAAGUAAGGCGUCUCUUGAUCGCAUGCUCGGUGAAUACACGAAACAAGCGUCGAGACCGGGUUACUCUGAAUCUCUCUAUCGCGCAUACAAGUCCGUGGGCGGCGGAAGCAAAGGUGAGGGCGAAGAAAAGGUCUUAGUCACCCCCGACCCGACGCGCCUCGUGACGGCUCGUGUCGAAGAAGAACUCAAGAGUCCGCUGACGAACAUGCUCGCAGGAGAUCUCAUGCAACUGCUUCUCCUACAAACGCAAGUCAUGAAAGUAGAGAUGGAAGGUGCGUUGAUGCAAAUGGAUCAACUCAUGCGGGCGAACCGCCUUAACUUUUCCCUCAUGGCUUGUUUUCCCGCGGCUCUCGGCAUGUACACCACGGUGCUCGCGAUGAAGGCGUCGCUCUCGCUCUCCGCUCAUCGUCGUCGCUCGAAACAUCGGGAAGAGAUGCGCAUGCUCCUUCACGAAGCCGAGCGCGCCUUAACCAGCUUAAAGAUCGCUGAGCGUCGAUCGGUGCAGCAAGGCAUGUUAAUUUACGCCUUGAAUUCAUUGUACCAGGCCAUUCAACGUCAUCAACAUCUCUUUUCGCGAGACGAGUGGCGUUCGGUGCGCAUCGACGUCUUGGAGCUCGCCGAUCCGAGCAUUCCCAUCGACAACAAGCUCGUCACGGUAGCUCGAUUAUCGCGCACCAAGGCGCUCAUUCCCGAGCCCCACCGCGUGGCCGGUAGACAUUUGUAG